GCUGCACAGCUGUCCUCCCCUGUCUGCCUGGCCCGGGGAGACAUUAAUAGCUGCUCCCGGCACAGCGGCCUCGCCAUCUGUCUCUGGCCCUCGCCCAUCCAGCAGCCCUCUCUCGCGGACACCAUGGGACCCUCUGAUGGAAUCGAGCGCUUCAUAAGCCCCGGCAAAGGCAGAGGGAUGCGAGCUUUACGUGACUUCAGAGUGGGCGAGCUGCUGUUCACCUGCCCGGCCCACACCUGGGUCCUGACUGUCAAUGAGCGGGGCAACCAGUGCGACUACUGCUUCACCAGGAAAGAAGGGCUUUCAAAAUGUGGCAAAUGCAAGCAGGCCUUUUACUGCAAUGUGGACUGUCAGAAAGGAGACUGGCCCAUGCACAAGCUGGAAUGCUCCUCAAUGUGCUCGUAUGGACAGAACUGGAACCCCUCGGAAACCGUAAGACUGACCGCAAGGAUACUGGCCAAACAGAAAUUGCACCCAGAAAGAACGCCAUCCGAGAAAUAUCUGUCGGUGAAGGAGUUUGAAUCCCACCUUGACAAACUGGACAAUGAAAAGAAAGAGCUCAUUCAGAUCGAUAUUGCUGCCUUGCAUCACUUUUACUCUAAGAAUUUGCACUAUGGUGACAAUGCCGCACUUGAAGUCCUCUUUGCACAGGUUAACUGCAAUGGCUUUACCAUUGAAGACGAGGAGCUGUCGCACUUGGGAUCAGCGAUAUUCCCUGACGUUGCACUAAUGAAUCACAGCUGCUGCCCCAACGUGAUUGUGACCUACAAAGGCACCGUGGCCGAGAUCCGGGCUGUGCAAGAGAUCCAUGCUGGAGAUGAGGUCUUCACCAGCUACAUCGAUUUGCUGUACCCUACAGAAGAUCGAAACGACCGACUUAAAGAUGCGUAUUUUUUCACCUGCGACUGCAAGGAGUGCACCAUCAAGGAAAAGGAUACAGCAAAACUGGAGCUCAGGAAUCCUGGUGACCCCCCGAGCCCUCAGACCAUACGAGACAUGGUCCGAUACGCCCGUAACGUGGUGGAGGAGUUCCGGAGAGCAAAACAUUAUAAAAGUCCGAGCGAGCUGCUGGAAAUGUGCGAGCUCAGCAUAGAGAAGAUGGGAGAGGUGUUUGGCGAGUGCAACGUGUACAUGUUACAUAUGAUGUACCAGUCAAUGGGAGUCUGCCUGUAUCAGCAGGACUGGGAAGGAGCCCUGAAAUAUGGGCAGAAAAUCAUCACCCCCUACAGUAAGCACUAUCCUCCUUACUCUCUGAAUGUCGCCUCCAUGUGGCUGAAGCUCGGACGACUUUACAUGGGACUGGAGAAGAAAUUGGCCGGGACAAAAGCUCUGAAAAAGGCUAUUGCUAUAAUGGAGAUCGCCCAUGGAGCUGAUCAUUAUUACAUAGCGGAAGUCAAGAAGGAGCUGGAACAAUGAAGUCUGAGAUCUAUGCAAUGCACUUCUCCUUAAUUGUAUGUCGGAAUGUAAAUGUGUAUGUCUGGAUGGACCCGCUAAGCAAAGUGCUGCUUUAACCCCGUCUGUCGGAGCUGACCUCCUGAAAUCUAUUUAUGGUUUGUCCCGUCUUGGCAUGUAAGAUGUUUGGCGAUCAAUCACCCACAGCACUCAGGGGCUUGUUAACUAAAAAUGGACGCUUCUUGUUCAUGCCUCCAAGUCCCUCUAGGGGGCAAUCUUGGAACACUUAUCCCAUGGGGAACUGUAGCCUCUGCAGGGGUCGUAGCAUGUUAAAGGGCUACAUGUCCAGCUCUCCUGUAGCAAAGACAUGGAAUUUGCAGAAAAAAAAGAAAAAAAAAAACCUUUUUAUUUUUAUUUUGAGUGGAAUUUUAGAAUUUCACUUAAUUCUACAUUUUCUCUCUCUCUGAGUAAAGGAUUGAUUUCUGACCGCUUUACAGCCACUCGGCUGACAUCACGAUGGCCGCCCUAUGACGCACCUCAAUUUCACAUCUGCAACGUAUACAGUCUGCAUCUGAUUAUUUUGGCACCCGUUUUAUUGUUUUGAAUGAAAAAUUUAUAAUUUGGUUUAAAUUCUUUUUAGAAAUGUGAAUCGCUGGAUUGUUUUCUGCAAGCAGUAGUCUGAAACCAAAGUUUGCCUGUGAGUUUUAUUACAAAAUUUCUGUUUCACACUGCAGAGUAAUAAAAAA